ACGGAACUGAAAACUGAGUGUUGAAAACUGAGCGCGAACGCGUUCCCUACCGUUUCAAUGGUCAGUAAACGUUGCAGCACGUGACCUACACGCUGCUGAGUCAGCAACUCGACCCAAAACGAAAGUGAAAUACCUCUUCCAGAUUCACGUUCUCGGCCUCCCCACAAUAGCGACAUCUUCUUGUCUUCGUUGUUGUUCAAAGGGGGCGGUUUCUUGUCCUCAGAGCGACCAGUUCUGGACCCUUUUGAGCAGACAGGGAAGAUUUAUGGGCAAGAAAUGUGGGCCUGCUGUCUCCCUACGUCAUAGAUCAGCUGUUGAGCUUCUGAACCAGGCAGGCAGCAACCGGAGCCAGAAUACCUUGUACCUAUGCGUAUCGCCGGGUCGCUUUGCUUUCCUCACCUGAGUCAAGAAUCCGAAGUGCACUUCAUCUGCAUUGACAUCCCCAUUGGCACCUAGAGUCACAUAUCAACGGUCAACCAUGCCUGCCGAGCAGAUUCCCGUUUCCAACCCAGCGCCUCUCCCUUCUCACCUCCCGGACAGUGUGCUGCAGCUCUCAGUGCGACGCCGGCCGAAACCCCUCGCAGACGAUGUCCGGCGGUCCCUCAGCAGUUUCCAGCGGGCAGCAGAAUAUAUCGCUGCAGCCAUGAUCUUCCUCCGCGGCAACGUCCUGCUGGAAUCUGAAUUGCAGGUUGACCACAUCAAGCCACGACUCCUCGGCCACUGGGGCACAUGUCCCGGUCUCAUCUUGGUCUGGUCGCACCUCAACCUGCUCAUCCGCAACCACGACCUCGACAUGAUAUACGUCGUCGGUCCUGGCCACGGCGCGCCAGCUGCCUUGGCUGCGCUGUGGCUUGAGGGUUCGCUUGAGCGGUUCUACCCAGGCGAGUACGACCGCAAUGCCGAGGGCCUAAAGAACCUGAUUACGCGAUUCUCCGUGCCAGGCGGAUUUCCGAGCCACAUCAAUGCUGAGACCCCUGGCUCAAUCCACGAAGGUGGAGAACUUGGAUAUGCACUUGCCGUGUCGUUCGGCGCCGUCAUGGACAACCCAGAUCUCAUUGUGACUUGCAUCGUCGGAGAUGGCGAGGCCGAAACGGGCCCGACAGCAACGGCAUGGCAUGCCAUCAAGUACCUUGACCCCCGAGAAUCCGGCGCUGUUAUCCCCAUCCUGCACGCCAACGGCUUCAAGAUCAGCGAGCGGACCAUCUUCGGUUGCAUGGACGACAAGGAGCUGGUGUGCCUGUUCAGCGGUUACGGGUACCAGGUGUGCAUUGUGGAGCAUCUGGACAACAUCGAUGACGAAAUGCAGGAUGCGUUGGAAUGGGCAGUAGCCGAGAUCAAGAAGAUCCAGCAGGCCGCACGGUCUGGGAAGCCGAUUGAUAAGCCACGGUGGCCCAUGUUGGUGUUGCGAACGCCCAAGGGCUGGACUGGGCCUAAGGAAGUGGAAGGAAAACUCAUCGAGGGAUCGUUUCACUCUCAUCAAGUUCCCCUACCCAAGGCAAACAGCGACGAGACGCAGCUCAGGGCGCUCAACGACUGGUUGUCAAGCUACAAAAUCAGCGAGCUUCUUAUAGACGGGAAGCCCACAGAAACAGUCCUCAACAUCCUCCCCAGCAAAGACGAGAAGAAGUUGGGCCAGAUCAAGGCGACAUACGACCCUUACAUCAGCCUCAAGGCAGUCGACUGGACCGAGUUCGGCGUCGAAAAAGGCACCGAGCAGAGCUGCAUGAAGGUGACCGGCAAAUUCCUCGACAGGGCUUUCCAGGAGAACCCCAAAACAAUCCGCCUGUUCUCGCCCGACGAGCUCGAGAGCAACAAGCUCGACGCCGUCCUGGACCAUACUCAGCGCAACUUCCAGUGGGACGAGUACUCGCGGGCCAACGGCGGGCGGGUGAUCGAAGUGCUGUCGGAGCACAACUGCCAGGGCUUCAUGCAGGGAUACACGCUGACCGGGCGGACGGCCAUCUUCCCCAGCUACGAGUCUUUCCUGGGCAUCGUGCACACCAUGAUGGUGCAGUACUCCAAGUUUGUCAAGAUCGCACGCGAGGUCACCUGGCGCGGUGACCUGCCGUCCAUUAACUACAUCGAGACGAGCACGUGGGCGCGCCAGGAGCAUAACGGGUUCUCGCACCAGAACCCGUCAUUCAUUGGUGCCGUGCUGAAUCUCAAGCCUGAAGCGGCCAGAGUCUACCUCCCUCCCGACGCGAACUGCUUCCUCUCCACCGUCCACCACUGCCUUAAGUCGCGCAACAAAACCAACCUCAUCAUCGGCUCCAAGCAGCCCACACCUGUCUACCUCUCCCCAUCCGAAGCAGCCGACCACUGCCGCCAGGGCGCCUCCAUCUGGUCUUUCGCCUCCUCCCCGCUGUCCCAAGGCCAAGAGCCAGAUGUCGUCCUGGUCGGCAUAGGCGUGGAAGUAACCUUCGAGACCGUCGCCGCCGCCUCUCUACUCCGCACCCUCUCCCCCGCACUCAAGGUACGCGUCGUCAACGUCACAGACCUGAUGAUCCUCGCACCCGAAAGCAAGCACCCGCACGCGUUGAGCAAGGAGAGAUUUGUCGAGUUGUUUACCCGCGACCGGCCAGUGCUGUUCAACUACCAUGGGUAUGCGACUGAGCUACAGGGGCUGUUGUUCGGGCAUGGGGCGACGGCCAGGAUGCAGGUGAAUGGAUACCGCGAAGAAGGGAGCACGACGACGCCGUUCGAUAUGAUGCUUGUGAACGGGGUGAGCAGGUUUGAUCUGGCCGAGGCGGCGCUGAGGGCUGCGGCGGAGAGGAAUGAGGAGGUCAAGAAGGGGUUGGAGGGCUUGGUUGCGGAGGUGAAGAAGAGGGUGGAGACGGUGAGAAAGUAUAUUACUGAGCACGGCAAAGAUCCGGACAACAUGUACGAUCUGCCCAAGUUUGAGUGAUCGGGGUUCGCUCAGGGCUGAUCGGUCGUCUAUUCGCUCAGGAAGGGCAGUAGAGUAAAGUAGUGGCCGAGUGGCUUUUGGUUUACAUAUACAGGGUCGACGUUGCUGGAAUGGUUGGCGUGAUUGGAGUUGAGGAGUUCUCUUCAACCUAGGUAGUCUCAUGUACAGAGAGCUUGGCGAGAAUGAGUCCUAAAUUACCUACAGUGACUACAACGCCGUGGCGCAGACCUGCGCAUUACUAACAGACCCCCGUACACAACACAUGGUGGAGUGAGUGAAUUG